AUGGUGGUGAGUUUGGCGGAAAUGGCCUGAGGGCAACUCAUACACGCUGAGGAGCCAGCUGAAGCUUUCCUUCAGAAUUGUUUGCUUAAGGGUCAUUGAUAUGCAAUAUCACGAAUCUGCCAAAAACUUUUUCGCAGGUGCCGUCGGAGUUCGCGGAGCAACUGCUGUUGCCGAUGCCGCCCUGGUGGGCCAUCCUUCUGGUUGACUUUGUCGGCUUGCUUCACAUCAUCGCCGCUUUUUUUGUUUUCUUCUUCGUUCACGUGAAACCUGUCUGCGCAGUUCUAGGUAAGAGUAGCUAAAUUAAAAAUCUCCCACUUAUAUUUUCAUUUUUACAUCUUUUUUGCUCUUCUUUUCUCCUUUUGCGUAAUUUCGUUGCUUCGGCAAACUUGUUUAGUGAGCGAUUGUAUCUUGUUGAAACGAACUUGAAUAAUUGUUCUCAAUUUGAAAUAGCAGUGAUCUUUUUUGUACGAGCGAGCCUCAAUGAACUGUUUUUAUCUCAAUAUGAUGAGUUGACCGAUACCUGUUCUAACAAUAUUUCUGCGUUCAUGCAUAAAUUUCAAAAAGACCUUCCUAGAAGCUUGUGCAAAAUGAGAAGGAAGCUGUUCCUCUCAUUAAAAUAAUUGCAGAUAAAAAUGGAGAAAAGUUCCUGGCGGAUUUGCAACGCGAUGAGAAGCCUAAGAAGUUCAAAGACGACGUGGCAGUAGACAAGGAUAAGGAGACAAAGAGCGAAGCUUCCAUGACGAAGAAAACCGUUUGA